GUUCCGAAUGCAUGAAUAAUGAAAACAUAACAAGUCCGUGUCAGUAGACAAUCGGACAGCCAUCAGUAAAUAUCAUAACCGAGAGGAGAGCAGCCGGAGAGCGGUGCGCGCGCGGAUCGUUUGAGAAAAAAGAGAUUUAUCGAUUUUCGGCAGGACAAACUGCUCUGCUACUGGUAACGGAUUGAUUGAGAGCUUGGCGCGAUUUUUGCUCCUGCUCCUGUUUUCGGACCUGUGAACAUGUGACUUAUGUGAAACUAACAAAAAUAAGCAAAAAAUGUGAGAAACUGGAAUAAAAGAAGUUGAAAAGUGUGCAAAAAAGCAUAAAGCAAAAUGUGUCAUUAUUUAUUGUUUUGAAAAUUGUGAUCCUCGGGAGCAGCGAAAAGGUGAAUGUGAAGAAAAUUGAAAUAUUCCAAGGAAUGACAGUUGGAGGAAUUUUCUGUGGCAGUUUGGCGGUUUUUCUUAUUCUCCGUGGUUGUUACUGGAUAUAAACAGCUGCAGUGUAGCAGAUUUAAGAAUUUGCGCAACCGAUACAUGAGAUGAGAAUGUUUAAUUAGCUCGCCCAAAUAUGAGUGGAAAUAUUUGCCCAGAAUUAUUCGUUUUGAAUUUGUGAUCCAGUUUCCAGUUUCCAGUUCCAGUUGAAUCUUCGCCACUGCCAGGUUACCGUAACUAGUCGUGAGUUUAUUUUCAAAAUGUCCCUGGACAACAGCAGCAGCAUGGACGAGGAGUACGCCAGCCACAUGGCAUCGUACGGGGCAGCAUCUCUUCUGCUCGAUGGCGACCAUCACUCGACCAAACGGAUCAAACUCGAGGCCGUCGACGUCGACAACAACAACGGCGGAAGUUUGAGCGAGCAACUGUUGCUGCUGAGCGCCAGAAUCGGCCAAAGUGGUGACAAAAGUGGCGGCUUGGACAUGCGCGUUGGCCGGGAUGAAAGCUCUGGGGUUGGGGAGGGGGUGCCGGCAAGUUCAAGUGUAGUGGGUGGUGGGGGUGGUAUCUACGGCAGUGGCCUCAAUAGCAACAACAACAACAAUAGUGAUGCUUUGAACAACAACAACACCAACAGUAACGGCAGCGGUACGAAUUCGAUCAAAUCGAAGAUCGGCGACGUGGAUGAGGUGAAAUUCGGCGAGUUUAGCAAAUUUUUGGCCGACAGCGAGAAGGACGAGAGCAUGACGACGGUGCUCGAGCUGCUGCACGACAACUACGGUCUCAUCCAGCGGUACGCUUCCGGCUACGACUGCAACAGUGAAAAGUGCCAGUACGAGAACCUGCACGAGCACUUCCACUGCUACGACACGUUUUGCCGGGGCAAGGUCCUGUACAAGAAGUACGAAAUCAUUCGGCACCUCAAGUGGCACAAGAAGCGCAAGGAGUCACUCAAGUAUGGCUUCUAUCGGUUUUCCUCGUCGGACGACUGCAGCAUCCAGUACGGGCACUGUCAGCACAACCACAAGCACACCCACUACCACUGCGUGCACGACAACUGCGACAAGGUGUACAUUAGUACGAGCGACGUGCAGAUGCACGCCAACUACCACCGGAAGCACGAGGCCAUCGUGAAGAAUGGGUUUCAACGGUUUAGGGCCACCGAAGAGUGCAACACGGACCAUUGUGUGUUCAAGGGGCAGAAAACGACGCACUUUCACUGCAGGCGGGAGAACUGCAAGUACACCUUCAAAAACAAGGCUGAUAUGGAAAAGCACAAAACGUACCACCUCAAGGACGAGAUGCUGCUGCGCGAUGGGUACAAAAAGUUCCUUAAAUCGGAGGACUGCUCGUACAAAAACUGUCGCUUUUCACGCGUGUGCAACCACAUCCACUGUAUGCACGAGAACUGCCACUACGUGCUGCACUCGAGCGGCCAGUUGCUGAGCCACAAGCGCAAACACGAACGCAUGGACACCGAGGUCGACUACCGGAAGUACCAGAUGGCGCGGAGUUUGCUGUCCAAGUUUGGUGGUUCGUUUCCGGGAUCUGGGAGGGGCGAGGAGGGUGGUUCACCGCCGAUGGUGGUGAGGGAAGAUGAGGAGGUGUCUCCGUCGCUGGUGGAUCCGGUUGUCCCGAGGAAUCCGGUGCUUGAGUUGUUGGCCAUCAUGUCGGAGCUGACGUUCCGGGCGUUGCCCCUGCAGAUGAUGCUGCACAUGAGGAUGCAGAUGCUGCAAAGUAUGAGCUACGAGCAGGUUCUGGCGCCAGAGAAUGUGGACGGGUUGAGGAAGCUUGCGCAGGCUGAGCUUGGGGAGGAGUACCUCAAGCAGUUGUACAAAUUCAACGAAGAAACGUGCCAUUUGGGUGAACGUGCCACGAUAGAUGCUAACGCCGCCGCCGAGUCCGCAGCAGCUGCUGGUCAAACUAGUCCGCUGUCCAGCUUGCCGCGGGGGUUUGCCGAUCAACCACCGCUGAAACGAAGGCUGCUGGAAGAACCUCCGGCUUCGACGAGUCAGGAAGCACCGUUCUUCAACGUCUCCACCUUAAGCAAGUCUAAACUCCUAUCGAAUCCUUCGGUGGACUAUCGAUUGCUGAAGAAGGAUGAUUCCGGCUUGGGAGAAUCGUCGUCGGAAGCAGGUUCGUCUCAAACGGAUCGACAGAAGAACAUGCUGGAAAGCUCGAACUUUCUGCAGUUCACCUCAAGCAAGACGCUGUUCAACCGCAAGCGAGGUCGUCCACGGAAGAAUCACGUGAUGGAGGUUUACAACAAUGUCCAGGACUCCCCGCAAGCAAUCUUCACCAGCUUCAAGUUGGAGAAGGCGGAUUCCAAGCCAGCAGCGGACACGAGCAAGGAACCGACGGCGAUGGUUCCCGAGGUUGAGUUGCGGUUCCGGAAAGAUUUUUCUACGUUGAAGACGCAUGAAGACAGGCGGAGUCCUCCGAAAGGGUUCUACCCAAUGGAGCCGGCGGCGCCAAUGUCUUCCCUCUUCGGAACGCCUGAUUUUGGAGGCUUUUCCCAAAUUCUGGAGAAGCACAUGCGCGAGAUCAAGGUGGAACCGAGCGCUACCGUGACUCACGAAAUGGAUCUAUCUAACAGGGAGAAGCCCCGCAAUCACCUUAAGUGUGUGGUUUGCAACAACCUGUUCGAGACGUUUGCGGACAUCAAGGAGCACGAGUGUCAGGCGAAAGAGCCGGAAAAGCCGCUUACGCUGACGUUUCCGCCCAGUUUGACGUUGCAUCAGCCACCUUUUCGAGGUGGAGUGUAUCCCCAGGAAGUUCCGCUGAUGUACCAACCAGUGCCGCUGGUUAUGCCACCGUUGCCGCCGCAGCAAGUGGCAGCAGCAGCAGCGAAGGACUCGAUUUCGCUGGUAAAGACCACCGGGACGUUUUAUCCGGACGUGAAUGCGAACAAGUUGAAAUAUUUUUGAGGAGAUGUACAAUAGUGAGGUAGAGUGUUUGUAAAUCAGGGAUUUAAAUGUAGAAUAGUUAGUAGAUAUUAGAGGCUCAAUUUUGUAAAAUAUUUUAAAGUAGUGAAUUUCAACUGUGUCAUACAAUCCACGAAAUCAGCAACAAGUAUGCCAUAAACUAUUGGCCAUAAUCAAGAUUUUAUAUAAAACAUAAUUUGUAUACAAUUUUUAUAGAUAUUGUUGAGAUAUUUUUAUAGAUAUUCUAAAGUAGAAAAUGUAUUAGAGUAUUACUGAACAAAUGUAUUAAAAAUGAAAGUGAGAGUCAUAAAAGUACUACAAAUUACACUAAGAUUCAAGUUGCUGUGAUUUGAUGCCUUCAAAAGUACAGUAAUCAUUUCAGCAUAACUUUUUAGAAUAUAAAAAAAAAACUCUGUUGGCAAUCCAGUUAAAGAAAAUAAACGAUUGUUAGAAUGCA